CGUGUCCUAUAUAAGCCCACCUGCACGUAACACCUGACGUGUAACACCGCUGUCUCGCACUGUCUGCACUACAAGCCCCACGCUACACACUACAACAUGGCUCCCAAGUACAAGCUGUCGUACUUCGACAUGAGAGCUCGCGCCGAGCCGACCAGGAUGAUGUUCGCUGCCGCCGGGAUAGACUUCGAAGACGACAGGAUCCCCUUUGACAAGUGGCCGGCACUCAAAGGGACGACUCCCAUGGGCCAGCUGCCCGUACUGGAUGUUGACGGAGUCAAGUUGUGCCAGAGCAUGCCGAUCGCUCGCUUCGUGGCCAAGGAGACAGGCAUGGCGGGUAAGACGAACCUGGAGCAGGCCCAGGCCGACGCCUUCGUGGAUGAGAUCAUCCCCAUCCUGCCCAAACUGUACGGCGUGACGUUCGCUACAGAUGCCGCGAAAAAGGCGGAGCUAGCGGCAGAAUUCGACAAGAACAUGGUCGGCAUGCUUGAGAGGUGCGAGAAGCUCUGCGGCUCCAACGGCUUUCUGGUCGGGAACAGCCUUCUCUGGUGCGACCUAGUUCUGCACACCGUCGGCUACAACAUCGAGAACUACAAGCCCGGAACCCUGAAGAGCUACCCCAAACUCAGCAAGGUCAUGGCCAGCGUCACCGCCAACCCCAAAAUCGCUGCGUGGAUCGCCAAGCGCCCGGACACCAAGUUCUAGUUGUCCGGACACCAUUUUCUAGUUCAUAGAACUGUAUUGUUACGACACGGUUUAAUGGUAGCUGUGUGAUUUGUACCGUAAAGCUUAGUAAGUCCACACUGACUUAUUCUAUAGAUUCCAUCCUCUGGAGACAACGAAUACUUAAUCUUAUGGUAGUGUAGGAUCUGCUUGGAGAUUAGCGUAUAGUUUGGCCAGCAUGGGGUCUAAUUUUUCGGAGCAGCUGUAAUAUUCUAUUCUAUUAUUCACUUCAGCAAUAAUAGAAUAGAAUUAUGUGUUAUGUUAUAUAGCUGUUAUAUUAAAGAAUUUAGUUCACACAAAA